GUAACCGUGAGUUAUUUCUGUCCUUUUAUUGUACCCUGUGGAUUUAAUGGUAACUACACACCAAUAAUUCACCGUCACUAAGCUAUAAACAAACGCUCCUGAGUUCAGAAAACGGCGAAGCGCUCGGUAUGGAUUAAUUCUUGGUGUUCGGUCGCCCUUGGUACUGUUUCCCUCAGGCUUUAUUAUGCAACGGCUUUAAUCCUUAUUAGGAUUACACACUCAAGACUGCCAUGACAACUAAAACGUGAAAGCUAGUAUUGUGUCUCAGUUGAUUGAAAAAUCGAUCAAAUAGUGGCAUUUUGAACUUGUAUUGAUAAAGAUGGGAUGCUUGUGAGCACACUGGUGUCGUCAUAUGGCUGAAGGACACGGCUGUGUUGAAUCUCUAGUGGCGGGUGACAGCAGAGAGUCUCCAGAUAUACACAGAUACCAAAAUAGGAGCUCGACAUUCACUAGUGGCUGAGGCUAAAUACAGGGGCCACAUGUCUGAUCUGUCCGAGCACAAGUUGCAUUGUUGGAGAUAAAACUUCUCCAACGAAGAAAGGACGAGCUGUGUCAAUCAGUCAUUACGGGUCAGUUGCAAUGUCAGGAAAAGGUCACAGCGGUUACUCAUACGAGUUCUGCGAUGCCUCUCAUUCAUCAGAAGUGCUGGAAGCUCUUCACGAGUUCCACAGCAGCGGUCUGUUCACGGACAUCACCCUGCAGUCUUCAUCCGGACAGCUCUUCCACUGCCACAAGGCUGUCCUAUCAGCCCGCAGCUCCUACUUCAAGGUAAUGUUCACCUUAGACAUGAGAGAACGUUUGAAUGACACUAUCAACCUACCUUGCAUAGACGGGGAGAUUCUGGGUGCUUUGGUGACCUACGUCUACACUUCAAAGAUCAGCAUAACCCAGAGCAACGUUCAGAGUCUUCUGGAGGCCGCAGACCUGCUGCAGUUCAGCUCGCUCAAGAAAGCCUGCGAGAACUUCUUGAUUCGUCUGCUGGACGUCGACAACUGCCUUGGCAUGCACUCAUUCGCCGAGCUUCACGUAUGCUCUGCGCUGGAGCGUGCGGCUUUGAGGAUCAUACUGAGCCGCUUUGAGGAACUUACACUUCAGGAGGAGUUCCUAGAGGUGGAUUUCCAAAAGCUCAUGGUGAUAUUAGCAACAGAAAACCUUAAUGUAUGGAAAGAUGCAACGCUUUUGGACGCGGUGGUGAAAUGGGUCGCCCACGAUGCGUCUUCUCGAAUAAACCACCUGAAAGAGCUUCUCAACUGCAUCCAUCUUGACAUGAAUGACGUAUACCUCAAAACUGCUUUGGAUCUACGCAAACGAUGCUCUGAAAGCAAAUUGCGAUCUCUAAUUCUCACCUCCUUGAAGCCAAGCAAAGGUUUCUUACAUUGCUGCAAAAAACUAACAUGCAGCUUGUAUGUUAUUGGUGGAUAUUACUGGCAUCCGCUGUGUGAAGUCCACAUGUGGGACCCCGUUUCCAACACGUGGGUUAAGGGCAAAGACAUGCCAGACUUUGCAAGAGAGAGUUACAGUGUGGCACUUCUAGGUCCUGAUAUCUACGUGACCGGAGGAUACAGGACAGAGACUGUAGAUGCUUUAGAGACCGUGUGGAUUUAUAACACAGACUUGGAUGAAUGGACAGAAGGAUGUCCAAUGAUCACAGCCAGAUAUUACCACUGCUCCGUGGCUUUACGUGGGUGUAUAUAUGUCAUAGGUGGAUAUACGGCAGGAGCUCCUACACGAGAAACUGAAUUCUAUGAUCCCUUGAAGAAGAUAUGGUUCCCUGUGGCUGAAAUGAUACAAGGUGUGGGAAAUGCAACCUCUUGCGUGGUGAAUGACAGAAUCUAUGUAACUGGAGGGCAUUAUGGGUACAGAGGAACCUGCACUUACGAGAAGAUUCAGACUUACCGGCCAGAUAUCAAUGAGUGGAGCAUCACAACGAUAUGUCCACAUCCUGAGUACGGUCUUUGCUCGGUCUCCUUAAACAAUAAGCUUUAUCUGGUCGGCGGUCAGACCACCAUCACGGAUUGCUACGACCCCGAGCAAAAUGAAUGGAGACAGAUGUGUGCGAUGAAAGAGAGAAGGAUGGAGUGUGGAUCGGCCGUUAUAAAUGGCUGCAUCUAUGUAGCAGGAGGGUAUUCGUACUCUAAGGGGACGUAUCUGCAGAGUAUAGAGAGGUACGACCCUGAGAUAGACUGCUGGGAGAUUGUGGGGAACCUCCCAUCGGCCGCACGCUCACACGGCUGCGUUUGUGUGUUCAGCGUGUGAAAUCACUACACCAUCAC